CCGCUGCUCGGCGCGGCUCAGAGCGAAGCGGGGCAGCAGCGAUGGAGGAGUGCGGUCCGCUGCCGGGAGAGGCGGACCUGCUGCGGGCUCUCGAGGACUUGUCGCAGGGUGGCCGGAGGAUCCUGGCGGCGGCGAGGGCGGAGAGCGCUGGAGAGAAGGUCCAUGAAUUUGUCUCCCAGAAGAUAGGCUCUUUGGCUGAACUGAUUCGGCUCUAUGCAAACUUCUUCAACAAUUUGCAUGUGCAGAAGCGAACUGAUACUGAAGAUCUGUUCAAAAGGUUUUACCACUCUGUCUCUGUACAGGAUCAGGUCGAGGACUUAUUGGAGUUUGAGGUGGAGUGGAAUGAUUUCCUUGAUGAUGUGGAUAGCCGAAUGAAGGCUCAUUCUUUCCAAGCCCAGCUGACAAUGGGGACACAGGUGCCGAGAGGCCUUGUGCUCACUGAUGUGAGAACUGAAAGAGAAAUUCAACUGGGUGAGUUCCUGCAGGAUGAGAAGAAGCUGCUGCUGGUCCUGCUCAGACACUUUGCCUGACUCCCAUGACGAGAUCACCUGGCAGAGCUGCAGGCACGCCAGAGCUGCCUCGAUGCUGUGCCCCUGAAGGUCUUGCUGGUCGCGUUUGGGUGUCGGGAUGGAGCUGUUCAGUGGCUUCAGGAGACUAACUGCCCCUAUGACAUGUUGCUGGAUCCCAGUCGGCAGUUGUACCAUGCAUUUGGAUUGGGAGUGUCCAUUCAGAAGGUCUGGAAUAUCGAUGUGAUUACUUAUUAUGCUGAACAAAUAGUCAGCAAUCGACUCUUACCAAAGAGCACACACCCCGAUGAUGUGCACCAGCUUGGUGGUGACUUUGGAUUGGAUCAACAAGGGACCAUCAUUUUCUUCCACCCAAGUGCCAAACCAACUGAUCGACCUAACGUGGCAGAAAUACUGAAAGCCAUGAGAUAAAGCAGUUUCUGUAGAGUGUGAGAAGUUGCAGGAAGGGAAGAAUCUUCAGCUGUAGUUUUAGUAACCUUGAUUCUAUAUUCCUGUUCUUUGCUAAACUAAUCUAUGCAAUUCAACAUAACAUGCAAAUGAAAAGUGACAAGCCUAAUGCCUUAACACAGUAAGAGUUCUGCUUUCUCCAUUGACUUGUUUGGCUCUAAAUGGGGACGGGAGCUCCACGGAUAUUCAAGAGAAGCUUGUGUGUAGAAUUGAACAUUGAGCAUUAAAGCACAGUGCAGGUUCAUCUGCCCACCAUGUUGUGACAACCUUUUAACCCAUUCUAAAAUCGAUCUAACCCCUCUCUUCCCCAUAGCCCUCCUAUUUUCUAUCAUUCACAGGCCUAUCCUAGAAAUUCUUAAAUGUCUAAUGUAUCUGCCUCUAUUACUGCCCCUGGCGGGGCAUUUCAUGCACCCGCCACUCUCUGUGUUAGAGGACUUGUCUUGACAUCCCUUUUUACUUUCCUCCAAUCACUUUAAAAUUAUGCUCCAUCAUGUUAGCCAUUUCCACCUUGGGGGAGAAAAGUCUGUACUCAAUCUAUGCGUCUUUCACUUUGUAUGCCUCUAUCAAUUUAUCUCAUCCUCCUUUGCUCCAGAGAGAAGGGCCCUAGUUCGUUCAACCUAUCUGCAGAACAGAAUUGGAUUGACUUUGUUUCCUCAGUAACUGGGCAAGAAGGGAUCACCUGCUCACAGGUUAUGGUGGAAUAUCAGUUGGGUGUUUUUGGUGCGGUAAGGCUGGGGUUGGCGAGGCAACAUCACACAUCUGGAGUGAUCAUCUGUCCCUUAAUGUGAAAUGGCUGGGGUGAAUUGGAAUUAAGUAUCUUCAGUAACGCACCUAAAAUGCUGGAGAAACUCAGCUGGCCAGGCAGCAUUUUAGGUGUUACUCUGAUUUCCAACAUCUGCAGAUUUUCUCUUGUUUGUGAAGUAUCUUCAGAAUAUUUCUUUUGUUUUACACCCAGAGGUUUUAAGAGGAAGAGAUAUGCUUCCAGAAAAAUAAAUGUAGGACAUGACCGUCUUAGAAGCAGAUCCUUCAGCCCAUCUAGUCUGUCCUGAACUCUUUUUCUGCCUAGACCCAUCUACCCACACCCAAACCCCUCUCAUCCAAGUUUCUCUUCAAUGCUACAGUUGAGCCCCCCAUCCACACUCCUGCCACCGUCUGGAUGAAGAUGUUCUCCCUCAGGUUCCCCUGAAAUAUUUCACCCUUCAUCCUUAACCUAUGACGUCUUGUUCUGUUUUCUCUGUGUGCUAGAAUCACACUGGGAAAGGAUGAGUUAAAUUUUCUUUCGAUUGGCGUUGAGAAGUUUGGGUUUUUUUCCUCCUUGUAAUUGUCAGGGUCCUCCUUGUAAUUGUCACAAUUGUAAUUGUGUUUGGUGGGAGGGAGAGAGCAGUGAGAAGGGGGGCCAGGUCUCAGCCUGUUUUAUGUGGAUGACAGUGGUGCUAUCACUCAGACUAUCUGAAUGGCACCACUCGAUGUAACUAUAGAACAGACAGACGCCUCGCCUUUAAACAGAGCAUCAUCUUGAAGGUGCGCGGGUUGUGAAGGGUGGAAUUAUUUUUUCAAAUGAAAAUCGAAUACAACGAAUUUGGGUGCAGCAAACCAACUUCUGUAAUGGUCAAUGAAACUUUCUCUGCAAGGCAAUAAACACCUCUGUAUGGGAUAGAGACGUGGC